GGGUCUUCGCAAUGUCCCCGUCGUCUUCGACUUCCGGCUCGGCAUUUAGGAUGAAUUUGAAUGAAUAUAUGGUGACUCUUGAGAAGCCCCUCGGCAUUCGUUUUGCUCUCUCUGUUGAUGGAAAAAUUUUCGUCCACGCUCUCAAGAAAGGGGGGAAUGCUGAGAAGUCGAGAAUAAUAAUGGUUGGGGAUACUCUGAAGAAGGCGAGUGAAUCCUCAUCAUCAUCAUCUGGAGGGGGGCUUAUAGAGAUCAAGGACUUCGGUGAUACAGAGAGGAUGAUGAAAGAGAAGUCAGGGACUUGUAGCCUUGUGCUUGAAAGGCCCUUCUCCCCUUUCCCGGUUCAUCGGCUGUUUCUGAUGAAUGACCUUGAUAUCUUGUUUAAUAGAGGUCGUGUGCCUCUUGCCACUUGGAACAAAAAUAUACUGACCUCAAACUUGCGAUGCUCUACUGAUGGUGGCAGCAAUUCUGGGUUUGUUACAUUCUCGUCCAAGUAUGUAAAUCCUCGUGGAUGGAAGAUUUUGAGCGAUCAAAACAAAACUAGUUACCAACAAAUGUUGAAGAACAAUGGCCAUGCUGUACCACUAAGUCCACUUGUCACCAUUUUCUCUGAUGAAGAGUCUGCAGCUGGUGAAUGGGCUCAUGGGAGUUUCCCAUUGGACGAAUAUGUUAUGGCAUUGGACCGCAAGCGGGAGCUUUACUAUAAUCAUUCUCUUGGUAUGCGUUAUAGUAAGAUCACAGAGCAAAUAUAUGUGGGAUCAUGUAUACAAGCAGAAGCUGACGUUGAGAGUUUGGCUACCACUGCGGGGAUCACUGCUGUGCUGAAUUUCCAAAGUGGAACUGAAGCAGAAAAUUGGGGAAUAAGUUCAAAAGUAAUAAAUGAGACAUGCCAACGCUGUAAUAUUCUCAUGAUCAACUAUCCCAUAAGGGAGGUUGAUUCUUUUGAUACAAGAAAGAAGCUACCAUUCUGUGUUGGUCUUCUUUUGCGCUUACUCAAGAAGAACCAUCGUGUAUAUGUCACUUGUACUACUGGUUUUGAUCGAUCCCCUGCUUGUGUGAUUGCAUAUUUGCAUUGGAUGACAGACACUUCCCUCCAUGCAGCGUACAACUUCGUCACUGGACUGCAUUCUUGCAAGCCUGACAGGGCAGCAAUUGCUUGGGCAACAUGGGAUCUAAUAGCAAGGGUGGAAAGUGGUAGACAUGAUGGACCUGCAACCCAUGCUGUAACCUUUGUCUGGAAUGGGCAUGAGGGGGAGGAUGUUUACUUGGUUGGAGAUUUUACUGGAAACUGGAAAGAACCAAUAAAGGCAGUCCAUAAAGGUGGCCCAAGAUUUGAAGUUGAAGUUAGACUUCCACAAGGAAAGUACUACUACAAAUAUGUAGUUAGCGAGCAGUGGAGGCAUUCAAGUAGUUCGCCAACCGAAAGGGAUGAGAGAGGAAAUGUUAACAAUGUAAUUGUCAUUGGUGACAUUGCCAGUGUUAGGCCUUCAGCCCAACAACAAAAGAAGGAUGCAAAUAUUGUGAAGGUCAUCGAGAGGCCAUUGACUGAAAAUGAGCGGUUUAUGCUCGCUAAAGCUGCUAGAUGUGUUGCAUUCUCCGUGUGUCCAAUAAAGCUGGCCCCAAAGUAGCUGGUCAAUCUACUCUUUUGGUCUGAGUUAGUGUACCAGGCUGAUAGCUCUUGAUGACACUUGAAGGCAGACCGCUUCAUUUUUUAGCAUCCAUGUUGGGGGCAAGAU